UUGAACACAAUAUUCUGUGUGUCUUGAAAGAUCAGUCAAAAUGCUCUAAAAUGGCUGCCAGUUUGGGCUUCCCUGCUCUGAAAAUAGAGAAUUAGUUGUUUAAGGGUAUUGCUGGUUUCGGGUUAGUGUCAUGGGCAGUAUGGGCAUGGGUUAAGAGUUGAUUAGAGUUGGUGGGUCGGGGCAAGUGAGGUAGCGUCUGCACACAGCUUUGUAUUUGCACACGGUUCCAUUCAUACUACACUGCAGGUUCAGCAAACAGAGCUGCUGUGUUUAUAUUGUUUUGGUUAUUUUGCCAGAAGUUUUGAGCCAUCUGGCUAUUUUUUUAUAUUUCUUUGAACUUUAAUUAUUUUUAAAAGAAGGGGAUACCGGGGAUCUCCUCACACAAGCACGAGGUGAAGCAGGGAUCCAUUGUUAUUGUUGUAAUCCGUUGUUCUGCACGUUUGAUUGGUGCGCUUUUAUACAUCCAGUCCGCGAGGUCACAAAAAAUGGGUUGUACGCGGUCGACCGCACGGGUCUGCUUUGAUCAAUGAACAUCCUGCAGACGUGGAUGUCGAAAGCAUGAAUAGGCUCUUAGAGUGCCUUGUUGUCUGCUGUGAGUGUAUACACGUAUCGCAGAAACUGGCAGAAGAAUGUGUCUUGGAGCGCGGGGAGUUGUCUGAUUUGACACCCAGCGUGAGGACCAGGGCUUUGGGCUGUCGUGGCUGCUUUAGUGCCCCUUGUUGUCGGCAGUGAGUGCCCGCAUGUCACAGUGACAAUUGACAGAGGAGCAGGGCACGGUUUAAAUGCAUUUAGCGGACACACCCACACCGUUUGAGAGAGGAGGCGAUUUAUUUUUAUUUUUUUGCGAUUUUGAAGUCUCAUUUUAUAUAGUUGUCGAUAAUUAUUUUUAUUUUUAAUCAUUCAAAUUUGGCAGGGUUAACAAUAUUCUCUGUAGUGUGUCAAAUUUAGAAGACAUUUAUUUUCAUUUUAAAGGGAAAUUGUAAAUUUGGGUGAUUAGGGUCAACUUGGACAGUAGAGAGUUGACCUGCUUCUUCAUAGCGAUGUUGAUAGCUGUAGACUAGUGCCAAUAAUGAUCCGAGCUCCUUGCCUCGAGAUGUCCACUCGACUAUACAGCCUCUCUGGUGUGCAGGCCCCAAUUGGAUCUCAUUAGAUUGUACAAGUGUUCAAUUGUACAGAAUGUAGGACACCGUUCAGAGUAGAACACAUUGACACUUACAAAGAUGUGCAGGUCUUUGCUGUAAAACAUCAGGUCUUGAUCUCCUGAAGGAAAUUGAUCCCCUAAGAGUCAUUAAGUCACAUCUGCCAUUUCAGCUGAUUCCAGCUGGGUUUGGGGAAAACAAGUGCAAAGUAAGUUGAUAAGGCCAUGUGCCUGCAGGAAUGACAACUCAGAACCAACCCUCAUUUAUUAACAUGCUGUUUUUUAAAGAUGAUCUGCAAUACUAAGGAAACCCUGGCGAGCUACUUCAACUUUAAUCACAUGACUAUAACCAGCCCUAAGCCUGGACCUUGGGAUGGCUACAUCCAGAAGUUCAUGCAUGGAGUUGGCAUAUGGCUCCUGGUACAAUCAUGUGAAAGGUUACCCGGCGGAACGAGAAAAGAGGAACAUGCUUUACCACUUCUAUGAAGACAUGAAUGAGAAUCCUUGGCGUGAAGUGACUCAAAUCAGUGGUACCUGGACUUGUCCCUCUGAUGAUAUCUGCCGCAUUUGGAACCUGACCACCUUCAAGAGGAUGAAGGAGAAUCCAAUGACCAACUACACCUUCAAUCCUAAAGAGAUUUUUGAUCAUUCCAUCUCCAGUUUCAUGAGAACGGGUCAUUCAACCUUUUUGUAGCCAUAAAACACAAUAAAGCUAGUAUACCGUAAAGUUUUAAAACAUAUUUUACAAUAGCAUUGAAAAUAUAACGAUCUAUUUUCUUGAAGCUGUCUCAAGCAGGGGUGGGGAAACAUUCAUAUCAGCGGCCAUUUCGGCCAUUGUUCCCCAUGCCACAAUUUUAACGCGUAGGCUUCAGGAUUUUACUUCAUAUUUUACUUCAUAUUUGUCCAAAUAAUUUAACAGCGUCUGCUUCAUCCUCGACAGGAGAAGUCGGUGAUUGGAAAAGUCAUUUUACCCCUGAGCAGUCAGCAGUCAACAUUCCGUUCAAAACAGUUCUAAUAUGUGUUUCAUCCAUCCAUCCAUUAUCUGAGCCGCUUCUCCUCACUAGGGUCGCGGGAUAUGUGUGUUUCAAUGGCUUCUAUUUUACUUGAGUUAUUACUCUGUUGUUGCUUGUUAUAACCAUAGUAUAACUUCACAGUACAAUUAAAUCUCCAAAUAGUUUUAGAUACGAGACCAUUUGUUUCAUGGGUGAGGCAAAGCUAGCUAAAUAUGCUACACAGGAAUGAGUUGUGCUGGUUUCUGGAACAAGCAACUUCCAGAUCUAACAACAACAACAAAAAAUCUCCCUGUAAACGUGAUGUAAUUCAGUACAGUGAAGAGCACUUAUUAUCUAACUGCAUCAUAAGAUAGAGAAGGCAAGGAGAAAAUGUAUAUGACAAACGAAUAUGCGCUAUAGUUAAACAGAUAUUUAACCACUCUCGUACGGUGCUUUGUUUUGAUCCUCUCCUUUAUUUAGACCAUCUAGCAUCACCUCAAUUCAUAGCACAAUUGUGGUUAAUAUGGGAAUAUUAUUAAGUACUGUAGUCUAAAAUUAUACAAUACAACACAAUAGUUUAGGAAUUAUUUAAAGACUGAAUGCAAUUUAAUUUGCUUGGUUACAAUAUUGGUCCCACCUUAAUUAAAGACAAGUGGGUGAUUUGACAAAAAAGGUCUCACCCAGACAAUAACCACUUGAAAGGUGACGUGCAAACAUAAUUUUGAAUUUUGACUGUUGCAUGGUGUUAUGGCCGCCUAGCCUUCUGCUUUGUUUGAAUUAUAUUGGAAAAUUUAAUUCAUAAAUAUCAAAGGAACCAUUUUCUUGUGCUACAUAUGCAAUAAAUCACUCCUUAGGCCAUAGUGUAAUUUGUUUAAUUCCUAAGGGAUGGCAGAGGUGGAUAGAGUAUCCAUAUAUUGUACUAAAGUAAGAGUACUGUUACAUUAGAAUGUCUCAAAAAUAAAAAGUAGUCCUCCAAAUAAUUAAUUGAGUAAGAAAGUACUCAGUGAAAAAACUACAAGUACUGAGUAACUUCUGAUUUAAUUUUUAAAUCAGAGCAUGAACGUCACAUAAAAUGAAAAUAACUAAAAAAUAUAAAUGUGCAAAUUCAGAGAUUAUCACUUAAUCUAAAACAUAAAUAAAACUAAUCUUUUUUAAAUAACAAAUUAGGCAGAUUCAGUCCCAAGAAAUGUUCUUAUAUUGUUUCCACACAGCACAACAAUGUAGGCUCACCAGGCAGAUUACAAAAACAGGAACAAGACUCUAGUGGUUAUAAAAAGUAUACACGCCCCUGUCCAAAUGCCCGGUUUUUGUGAUAUAAAAGAAUUUUGACCAAGAUAAAUAUUAUUUACCUAGAAUUUGUACAACUGAAGUAAUCUUUGUAUAUUUUUGAG